CGGUCUUUGAGGUAAGUUGAAAGUUAGUGGCCGGCCCCUGGAAUCGGCACAGGCUGAACAAAUAUUAAGUGGUUAUCGAACAAGAUGAGACGAUCAACGACUUGAACUUAUGUAAAAACCAAAAACCAAGUGCGAAGCAACGAAAACUGUUCUCGAAGAAAAACGAGUUGUUUUUCGGCGCAAAGAAAGAAGUCUGAAGGAUUUACAGUCGCCUGCGAUCGCGUAAGAGCUUCGUACGAAGCAGCUUACAAGUGCGGCCAGCAACGACAAAGUCUGGCUAUGGUAGAAGCGGAGGAGGUUGCGCACGCGUCGGACCACUGCACCGCUGCAAAAUGGGAAUCAAGUCGAGCAUGGUGGCCGGAAGCUUUCUCGGGAGCCACCCCAGCAACUGCCUGUAUCGCAUCACGCCGGCGAGCUACAACCACAACUGGACGGACCUGCACUACGCGGCGUGCCAGGGAAACGUCCACGUGCUGCACAGGAUCUUGUUCCUGGAAGGGAUUCGUGAUAUAGACACGAAGGAUUAUUAUGGAAAGAGUCCGCUAUAUUGGGCAUCUUACAAGGGCCAUCUAGCAUGCAUGGAAGAUCUCAUUAGGUUUGGAGCAGAUGUAGAUAGUGUGUGUUGCCAUGGUGCUUCGCCGCUACAUGUAGCCAUAGGUCUCUACCCAGACUGUUCAGCUCUGCUGAUAAAGCACGGAAGCAACGUUGACAUGGCGGAUAAGUGGGGAGUGACGCCGAUGUAUCUAGCGGCCAGCAACGCUCAGACGCACUGCAUACAGCUUCUCCUGUCCGCCGGCGCGAAACCGACCUACAGAAAUAGGAAGACUGGACUCGUGCCGAGGCAGCUCGCAAGCACCAGCAGUCGGCCGACUGGCUGGAGACGGAAUUCCAAGUACCAGUGCACGCUCUGUAACGUCCACGUGACAUCGAAGGAGCAGCUCGAAUCGCACGUGAACGGAGCGCGACACAAAACCAAGGAGCAUGCUGCCGACCGGGGCAAGGGCAAGGCCAAGUGGGAGCAGAGGUCAGCAGAGGUCAAGGCUGAGAAUGGCGGACAGAGCGAGGAGAAGGCACGUGACAGCACGG